AUGGCGACACCACCAAUUUCUUUCACGAGGCUGAAGCAAAUCGCAAAUGAUGCAUGCCAGAGUGCGUUAGGAGGCGCUGAUUACUACGAACAUGGCAAGACGGAAGUGUGGAAUACAACUAUCAUCAAUUCCAUCCUCAAGUCGCUGAUCUCAGAAUCAUCUCCUACAGGUGGCAGCCCUGCGUUCAAAUAUGCCGUUAACAGCACCAUCAUUCAGCACCUAGUACCAACCUCUGCGCUCAACAAAUCCAGAGCGGUUCAGGAACCUACACCACCCAGGACCGGAGAGGCCGAUUCAAAGAUCUCAACGAGCGACGCGAAACCCGAAGCUACCUCGACCGAUGGAAAACCACAUGUCGGGCGUAGAGGAAUGCAUAGUGCAACGGGAGCGUUCUGGAACGAGAAGACAGAUGGGAUGUGGAGUUUCAAGUACGAAGGCGGGGAGAAUAAGGGUUUAGAUGUCGUUGUUAGUGUAAUCUGGAUUGCCAUAUAG